AUGGAAGCUGGAAAUGAGCAAAUUCUUCUGAUACCAAAAUUUCUGAAAAUUCGGGAAAAGUUCAGAAUUCAAAGAACACUUAUCCUCUCAUUUAUCUCAGCUAUCUCCGAAUCCCAAUACCGUCAACACCAGCCGUCGUACCCGCAGAACUAUCACAACCAGAACCAAAACUACAAUUCCCAUCAGCAGCACUACCAUCAGCAGCAACACCAGCAACAUCAACAUGCUCAACACAUUGCUCAGCAGCAAAAAACAGCGGCCGCGCAGCAUCAACAGUACCCCUAUAACAACCAUCCGAGUCCGAACUCGAUAAAAGCCUAUCAAACCGCCUAUCCAUCGGUUCCACAUGCUUCUGUGCUGAAUCAGCCGACCCAUCAGAUUUGCGACAUCCCGCCAGAUUUGUGGUGCGACAGCCCUCAAUCCGCCCAACAGUGCGGUGUGCAACGUCAAUGCGACUCACUUCGCCAUCGCAGACAACCCAUCAAAAUCACACUGAUCUAUGAGGCAUUAUGUCCGUAUUGUCAAAAAUUCAUCGCUAAUCAGCUGGGAAGUGUGUUCAAUCAAUUUCAAGGACAAUUGAUUUUGGAACUGGUGCCAUGGGGGAAUUCCAGGAUAAUGAUAGACGGCUCGUUCUCCUGCAAUCACGGGCAAAAAGAGUGCGACGCGAAUCGACUUCAAUCUUGUGUUAUCGAUAUUUUGAAGGUCAAAGGAGCACUUCCAUUCAUUGUCUGUUUUGAGAGAAACAUUCAGCAUUACGGUGUUGAGCACGCGAUGCAAACGUGCUCCGCGUUCAUUCGAAGCCAGUAUAGACAGAUACGCCAAUGCUACGACGGCCCUCGCGGCAUUCAGCUUCAGCGGGAAGCCGCUCAAAAAACCAUGAGCACUCGUCCGAACCCCAUCGUCGAGGUACCGUACCUCCUCAUCAACGACUACACACCAUCAGUCGAUAUGAACAAUUUAAAUGUGCUUCUUCUGCCUCAAUUGCUAGCUAAAUGGACCAAAUUAACUCAUAAACAGUGA